AAUCUUGAAGAUCUUGUCUACAAAGAAAGAGGAUACAAGACCGAGGGCCAAUAGAAGAGAAGGGGGACUCGAGUAUGAAGAAUUAAAGAAAAGGAGGGCCAAAACUAAAGAAGAAAGGGAUCUACUUGAGGCUAAAGAAGAGAAGAAGGAGGGCAAAAGUGCAAAAAUGCAGAUCUGGGAGGGGAUCAAAAUCCCUAGCCGCAUCUCCAUUGCAAUCGGGCCUGGCAUCUCAUCUCUCUCCCUCUCCCCUUCUUCUCCACCACCGGCUGCCGCCACGGCCAGGCCGGCGUGGUGGUGCGCCUCCGCAGCCCAUCCAUCCACCAGCACCACCAUCACACGACCACUCCACCACCAGUGCCAUCCAUCACCAGCACAGCCAGCACCCAGUACCACCAUCACCUCCAUCCACCAGCGCCACACCACCCAUCCACCUCUCCCUGCUGCUACCCCUUGCUACUCACGCCCUGGACCAGCCAUUGGGGUCGCCGGCGUCUGAUCUCCCGCGCGCCUCCAACUGCUGCUGCUUUCCCCCUCGUCUCUACUGCUGCUACUCCACUUCCUCUGCUCCCCUUCUUCUUCUUUAAAUCUCGCUACUGCUGCUCUUCUUCUCUCUUCACCUGCUGCUGCUCAUCCCUCACGCCCCUUCUCUAGCUGGCUGUUGCUGCUCUUCACCUUCCCUUGCCCCAACUUGCUGCUACUUCUUCUCUCAACCUCCUGCUGCUGCUUCUCCUCACGUCCCUGCUGCCGCUCCAUUCCCAAUCUUGCUGCUCUCUCUCUCUCUCUCUCUCUCUCUCUCUCUCUCUCUCUCUCUCAAAUUUCGGUGACCUUCAGUAGUGUAAUAAUCAGUACUAUGUAAUGUUCAGAUUUGAUAAGUGUAAUAUCCUACUGUUUGGUUCAGUUUCAAAGUUUAAUAUAAAUGCUUGAUUAGUAUGUCCUUUGUCCUGACUAGUUGAUACCUUGUCACUUUGAGAAAUAUUUGACCUGUCAUACUUUGUUUAGUGAAACAGUAUUCUUCAUAUGUGUGUGGUGUCCUGUGAUAUAUAUAUACAUAUGUGUGUGUUUGUAAUGUGAGUUAUAUCAAUUCUGUCCUAUAUCCAUGAUUCUUCUCUCUGUACAUGUUAGAUAAACCUAUGAGUUCUAGUCUUGUUGAUUCUCUUGUGUGAUGAUGUUCGCCUGUGUUAGUGUUCUAAUUUCUCAAGCAUAUAGAAAAUACCAAAAAGAUUAUUGAGUCAAAUCUGAAUCUACCCUUGCUAUUUGCAUUUUCUUUGUCGACGAUCUUUGGGAACGACCUUGUUAGUGUAGGUUUAUUUUCUUGCAUUCAUAAUCUGAAUUGUGUUACCUAGCUUUAGCCAAGCACGAUCAUCGAUUUGCCUAGUCCCUGAGGAGAACACGACACUCGUAGUUUGGGGCGUAAAAACCCCGCUAUACUUACAAUUGAUCAUUUUGGCGCCGUUGCUGGGGACUAGCGUCGUGUGACUGUGUUAGGAUAUAGACUAGGUUUUUCUUGUUUUCUUUUUGUGACAUCUAUAUGUGAUAUAUCUCUAACCACUAAUCCUUGUUCUAGAUCAUUUUCUUUCUGUUUUCUUUUCUUUUGGCAGGUUAGAACUAUCUUCUCGGUUAUGGCUUACUAUUCAGAUCAUCAGGCUUAUGCGAGCAACACUACAAAUAGCACGGAAAGUGUUCAAGAACUGAUAGGUAAGAUUUUCCAUCGAUUAGAUGAUUUAGCUCGGCAGCGAGAAGUAGUUUUUGAGGAUAGGCCUAGUUCUUACGAUCCUUAUUCCAGAGGCCAUCCUUAUGUUGCUCCUACUUGCCAUAUUUGCGGAUUUCAGGGCCAUUCGCCCGCUGAAUGUCAGCGUGGCUACUCUCACAUUCCAGAUUGUUUUGGCAUGAGCUUCACUCAAGAGCAUAGCUCAUACCAAAACAAUUACUCAUAUGGGUGGCCUGAAAACCCGAAUAUGUCAUAUAGGAGCAACAACCCUGAGAUCUCACCGUUUGCUUCUAGUAAUCAUAUGCAGGGAUCUAGGUAUGAAGAGGAGAGCCACAACUAUGCUCCACAACAGUCUUAUUCAACUCCUAUUCAUAUACUUCAGCACCAGGAGAUGUUUCCAAUGGAGUUAAAUGGUCCUACAUUUGGUCAACCAACACCUUCAACACAAGUGCCUACUCAAGAUGAGUUCGAUGACAUAGACAAGCUCGCACUUUUGAGUCUCGAGUUCACUUGGAGUGCCGAGGAUGAUCCUAUUAGGAAGGUUAUACUAGAUGAAAUGAAAAAGAUCAAGAGUGGAAAAGAGCUAGUGGAAGAAGUAAGGAAGAUUGAGAAGAACAUCAACGCUGGCAGCACUAUUUCUUCACAGCUAGAGCUGAAUGUUGCUGAGAUUCCCCUUGAUACAUGUGAGGUUCCCACACCGUCACAUCCAGUUGAGCAAGAUAGCAAGAGUCCAGAGGAAGAAAGACCUCAGAUUGAAGAAGAUGAACUAGAAGACAAGGAACAAGAUGAUCAAGAGCUGCAAUUCCCAAGUGAUCAAGUUGAAGACUCAUCAUCUACUACUCCUGAAGAAGUACAAGAAGCUGCUGUAGAUGAAGAUGAAGAACCUGAGAUUCAUUUGCCUAUUGUCAUACCAGAGCGUGAUGUGUCAGGUUUAUCUAAUCCUCUUAAUGACAUGUCUUCAUAUGAUUUGUUUGCUUCUACCUUGCAUUGCAUGAUGCCAUCCGUUAAAGUAGAUUUGAAAAAGUAUUUGCUUGGAUAUGAUCAUAUAUACCCUGUUAGUGGCAUUACUCACAUUAAUGAUGAUCACAGUUACUUUCCUCGUGCUAGACCUAUGCUUAAUGAAACAUAUCAUUCUUAUGCUAAUCUUGAGCUUAAUGAAAAAUAUCAUCCUCAUGUUAGUGUUGACUUUGCUGAUUUCUACCAUCCUAAACAUGUGCUUUAUAGCUAUGCUUAUGUAGUUGGAUAUUCGAUUGAUGACUUGGAGGGUAUUAUCCCUACCACUUGUAUUGUCUCUUUCGUUGAGUGCUCUUUCAGGUUCUUGCUUAUGCACGAAUCACUACAUGCUGACCAAGUUCGAGAUGCCAUUCCCUGGGACCCCGGUGGACCCAUGGCAUGGGGAUGAGGAGAAGCAAGGAGCACACAUGAAGAGAGAAGCUGGAGCAGGCAUGAGGAUAGGGAAGCAAAAGGAGAGGAGUCACAAUGCACGAGGAAGCAAAGGAGAAGAGUUGCAGUUUAGAGAGUGUCGAGCGUGUGCUACUUCCUAUAAAAACCCGAAAAGUGCGAUAAGGCACUAUAAUCUUGAAGAUCUUGUCUACAAAGAAAGAGGAUACAAGACCGAGGGCCAAUAGAAGAGAAGGGGGGACUCGAGUAUGAAGAAUUAAAGAAAUGGAGGGCCAAAACUAAAGAAGAAAGGGAUCUACUUGAGGCUAAAGAAGAGAAGAAGGAGGGCAAAAGUGCAAAAAUGCAGAUCUGGGAGGGGAUCAAAAUCCCUAGCCGCAUCUCCAUUGCAAUCAGGCCUGCCAUCUCAUCUCUCUCCCUCUCCCCUUCUUCUCCACCACCGGCCGCCGCCACGGCCAGGCCGGCGUGGUGGUGCGCCUCCGCAGCCCAUCCAUCCACCAGCACCACCAUCACACGACCACUCCACCACCAGCGCCAUCCAUCACCAGCACAGCCAGCACCCAGUACCACCAUCACCUCCAUCCACCAGCGCCACACCACCCAUCCACCUCUCCCUGCUGCUACCCCUUGCUACUCACGUCCUAGACCAGCCAUUGGGGUCGCCGACGUCUGAUCUCCCGCGUGCCUCCAACUGCUGCUGCUUUCCCCCUCGUCCCUACUGCUGCUACUCCACUUCCUCUGCUCCCCUUCUUCUUCUUUGAAUCUCGAUGCUGCUGCUCUUCUUCUCUCUUCACCUGCUGCUGCUCAUCCCUCACGCCCCUUCUCUAGCUGGUCGUUGCUGCUCUUCACCUUCCCUUGCCCCAACCUGCUGCUACUUCUUCUCUCAACCUCCUGCUGCUGCUUCUCCUCACGUCCCUGUUGCUGCUCCAUUCCCAAUCUUGCUGCUCUCUCUCUCUCUCUUUCUCUCUCUCUCUCUCUCUCUCUCUCUCUCUCAAAUUUCGGUGACCUUCAGUAGUGUAAUAAUCAGUACUAUGUAAUGUUCAGAUUUGAUAAGUGUAAUAUACUACUGUUUGGUUCAGUUUCGAAGUUUAAUAUAAAUGCUUGAUUAGUA